GAUGACAACCAAUGAAGCUUAAUACCUCUCUCCCUGCUUUAACUAGCAUGUUAUUCUCUCUUAGUGUUUUACUGUUUUCUUGGAAUUAAGAAGGAAUCACAGCAAGCAGAGUGGCUCCAACCUACUGCUCGGUUUCAGGUGUGUUAGCACAAGCCGUUUAAUCUCAGAUUUUCCCACUACUUGUUCUGGUUGUGGCAAAAGGCAGGAGCAAGAGUAAUUCCAUCUGUAUGUACAUGUGCAUGAGAAGCAAAUCCUGGAGUGUAACAGCAUCAGCAGUCCCAUGUGGGUCUUAAGACACCGCAGAGCUUGUUUUCAGUUCACCAUAAGAAGGCACAGAGAGCAGUCAUGGAUAGCAAGACUCUAAUCUCCCUCCUGAUUCUCUCUUUUAUGGGCAACCUUCCUGAGAUGAUGCUGGCAGCGGAGCUGCGGUGUCACUGCAUCCAGACCGUCACAGGAUUAAUGUUGCCAAAGCGCCUGGCCAACGUAGAAAUCAUUCCUAAGGGCCCACACUGCAACGCUGUGGAAAUCAUAGCAACGCUGAAGAACAGCCAGCAAAUCUGUUUAGAUCCCCAGGCCAAAUGGGUGAAGAUGAUAAUUAACAGGAUUCUACACAGUGCAUCCAAGAAACGGCGUCAGUGAAGGAAACAGAGGCAACUCUGCAAGCAAGAGAAAGCUGCAUAGAAAUGCCAUUAGCCUUUAAGUGUCUCCAGGGUCACAGUAUUCAUAAUUUCACUCUAGCUUUUUCUAUCCUCACUGCCCUCCAUGCACAGACUGUUCAUCUGCAAAAGGAAACUGCUGGGCUGAAUAGGCUGUCGCAACACUAGCAGACUCUCGUAUUUUAUGGCAAAAUUUUACAUGGUGCUUAAUUGCAGAGGCAUUUAAAGCAAUAUUGUAACCAAACCCUAACCUUGCAUUGGUCAGCUAGAAACACCUGCACAGGUUUAGCAACACCAAGGAUUUGGCAUUCACUGAACUGGUAUUUAUACCAAAUCAUCUCUGAGCUUCAUUUUGAAGGACUACGAAGUACAGUUUUGCCUAGUUUAAGAGGGCUGUAGUUUUCAAAGUAAAGAAGUAUUCACCAAAGGAGAUUCUUACAGAAAGAAAAAAAAAAUUAAAAGGGAAAAGAAAGGGGAAAAAGGAAUUUCUUGAUAUCAAUAAAAACUUUGCUUAGACGCAAUAUGGUCAAUGAAGUGGAGCAAAUGCUGUAAGAUUUCAGUGUUUAAAAACCAUUUUUUUGGUCUUAUGCAUAUUAAAUAUACCUCUAGCAUUAAAACAGCAGAGUCAUAGCAGUUCUGUUUUUGUCACCAAGCUAUCAAUGAUGUCACAAGGACUCUUCCAUAAAAAAGGUUUUUAGAGCCAUCAAUUCAACUUUUCAUAAAUGAAAUGUGAAGAAAAUGUGUGUGAAAUAUCAUCUAAUGUUUUCAAACAUGCUCAGAGUUUUGCCACCUGCAAACUAUUGUUAGGGUUUAUUCAUAGUGCACCAGGGGCUGAAAAGUAAUAAAUAAAAGUUUACAGUAAGUACAGCAAGACUGUAGGUAAUAUUCUCAUUCGCUAUGUCUGUUUUUACAAGACAAUAAACAAGAUUUUAAAUUCAUUUUCAGUAAUGGCGGUUUUGCUAAAGUACAUUUCCUUUUCCCUUUAAGUAACGUAUUUGAAUACGAUCCUGUUUUCAAAAUUAAAAGCACCUGUUACCCACCUGAACACAGGUGCAUUUCUGGUUCUCACGUAUGCAAGAGAUCAUGACAUCAUCAUUGAAUACAAACACUGUAGGUCUCCAAACACAUUUGAGAGAUGAUGUCUCAGCUGUGUAGCAUGAGAUGCUAUUUAAGGACCACCUGACUACUUAAUAAAUUAAAGAACAAACCAAACGAAAUGAAACCAAACCAGAUUUGCCAUGAAGACCUUACAGAUAACUGAAAAAGUAUUUUCUGCAAGAAGAAUUUUCUUCCACCAAAUAUAUUGAAAAAGAAGCUGAUCUAGUCAAUUAAUUAGAAACAAACCCACUGAUCUUUUUAUCAGUGUUUGGAUUAAAAGUAUAUUUCUUUCAGUUCUAACUGAAAUAAGGUAGCUUUUUUGAUAAGUUUACUUUGCCAAGAGCACACUCAUACCAAGGUGGUACUGGGAGCGCAUAUGCACAUUACAGUAGGAGUUGAUAAUGAAAAAUAUCUGAUAAAUGCAGUUUUGAUCUCUAUGGUAAACCCCAAAUUGCUAUCUCAGAUUCAAAUUUUUGUCUCUGCAGACAGCCAGUGACUGCACUGACACAGAUGACUAUUAAUACAACAUAAAUAUGAUGCAGAGAAACAGCAAGUGAAUCUCCUUCCAAGGCUCUAGGAAACAAAAAUGCACCUGCUAGCCAAAUGUCACUGCCCCUCUCGGGGGCAUCAUCUUAAAAAGAUUUAAGGUUCCUGCCCUCACAUCUGUCAUUGCAAAAACUCUUGCAGAAACAUUACUCCUCAAAUACUUAAAAAGUUCUUCUAACUUCCAAUCUACCU